GAUAUGUGCACUCGACUCACAUUCACACACGGUUUUGAAUAGACCGGUGCUCCCGGCGAUGCUCAUAAUAAUCAUUAUAGUCAAACUAUGUACUCGGCCUCAGUCAAUGUCGCGGCCGCAUUAAUUGGUAGUUGAGAAAUUACGCGAGCUGUUCGUUUAUUUAAUUUGGAGGCUAACAAUUCGUUUUCAUAUAGUUUGCGGUAUUUGUAGUUGCUGCUUGAGGAAGGAAUCAUGAAGUAUAUCGUGGCUAUAUUGUGUGUUUUGUCCUCGGUUUUGUUGAACAUCCCUUCCAAUUCAGCAUUGUCAGAGAAACCAAAUGUGUUAUUCAUCGUGAUUGAUGACUUACGGGCCUCCCUUGAGAGCUAUGGAGGUCCAAUCAUAUCGCCAUACAUCACUGAACUUGCUUCGCGAUCGGCUCUCUUUAGCAACGCCAAAGUGCAACAAUCUGUAUGUGCUCCCAGUCGCGUAUCCUUCUUGACGGGGCGACGCCCAGACACCACUCGGCUCUACGAUUUCGGGUCGUACUGGAGGACGCAUGCAGGGAAUUACACGACAUUACCGCAACACUUCAAAGAUAAUGGGUACUUCACCGCAUCAGUCGGAAAGGUUUUUCAUCCAGGUACUACGAGUGGUGGUAAUGAUGAUUAUCCCUAUAGCUGGUCGAUUCAACCUUACCAUCCGCCGACAGAGAAGUACAAAGGUGCUAAGGUGUGUCCCAAUUUGGAUGGCACGCUUCACAACAAUGUCAUGUGUCCAGUCAAUGUGAGUGCCAUGCCACUUCAGUCCCUGCCAGACAUCCAGUCUCUAGAAUAUUCAUCGUCGAUCCUGAAGAACCUAUCCGUAGCUUCACAUCCGACGAACGCGCCCGGCAGGCCGGAUAAGACCGGUCGGUCCCCAAGGGAUCAGGACAUGCAACCGCCGUUUUUCUUGGCGGUAGGAAUUCACAAGCCGCAUAUUCCGUGGAAGUACCCGGAGGAAUUCAAAUCGCUGUACCCGAUCGAGUCGAUUACCAUCGCUUCCAAUCCUUCCCGGUCCCCCACCCAGCCGGCUGUUGCCUACGAGGACUAUUACACGUUGAGAAAGAGGGAUGAUAUAAACGCUUUGAAUAUGAGCUUCCCCAAUGGGACGAUUCCUCUUCAAUUCCAUGCUCCGAUGAGACAAAGUUACUACGCUGCUGCAACCUACACAGAUUUCCUGGUUGGAAAACUCCUUCAGACCCUGAAUGAAACUGGCUUCUCAAACAACACCAUCGUCGUUCUCUUCGGGGAUCAUGGAUGGCAAUUAGGCGAGCAUGCAGAAUGGUGCAAGUACUCAAACUAUGAACUAGCAACGAGGGUUCCUUUGAUCGUUCACGUUCCUGGUCUUACAGACAAACCAAAGUCCUCAUCACCAAACUCGCAUCAAAGUGCUCAAAAGAUGAAAGCCAGUGUGGGAACCAACGCUGACAGUGGCAUGGUUGUCACUGAGUUUGUGGAGAUUGUUGAUCUGUUUCCCACGCUGUCUGAUCUCGCUGGCAUUGAGGUUCCACCUACAUGCCCACCGGACCCUUUCAACGUGACCUUAUGUUCUGAAGGGUACAGUUUCGCCCCUCUCCUGGAGGCAGACUCAAAUGCAAUUCUUUCGGGAAAUGCCACAAAGAAGCUAACUUCCAAGCGGUACAGCCGAUGGAAGAAUGCCACGUACAGUCAGUACCCACGUCCAGGGGUGACCCCGACUAGACAAACAGAUCUACCACGUCUCAAGUUCAUAACGGUCAUGGGGUAUUCCAUGCGUACUAAAGAUCACCAUUACACGGAGUGGAUAGGUUUCAAUCAUACAACCUUCAAAGGUAAUUGGACCGAUGUCAAGGCAAGGGAACUGUAUAUUAAUGACAAAGACUAUGAUCAAAACCACAAUGUGGCUGAUGAUCCACAGUUCAAGGAUAUCGUCCAGGAGCUUAGUGUUCAAUUGAAGAUGGGAUGGCGCCAAAGCUUACCAGUCCCUGAAUAAAGUCGAGUAGGAUAUGCCUCAUCCUUCCAAUAAUAACAUCAGUGAACAAUAAAGCAAUUAGCAAACAAGAUUGAAAGAUUGAUAAAUGUUGGGAUGACCCUUUUCCAGUAAACAAACUGAUAUGCUGGCAACUCAUGAUUGGAAUACGUAGUUGAGGUGAAAUCGAGUCUCUGGUUUACAAUCAAAGUGCAUCAGGGCCCCGUUGCGUAAAAGUUACUAUUACAGUAACAGUGCCAUCCAAUGUUAACUUCCCUGAAAUCCUUGAUUCUGGUUGGCUGAUUAGCAGUGUUACCAUUGGACAGCAAGUAACUUUACACAACAGUACAGGGUCCAAGCAGGUAGCUCAGAUGGCAGACCAAGGUGCAAAUGGUAAUGAUGAUGAGUUUGAAGGCCUACCUGAUUGCUAUUAAAGAAAACAUGAAUGCUUGUUAGCAAGCAACCAGAGAACCAAAGUCUUUCAGGUCCUCUCUGAGGGACCUGGUAAUGUGGAAAAAUGCCUUACCAAAGCAAAGGGCAUCAGCACACCUGGGUCGACGGAACCCGAAACUCCUGCUCUAUACAAAUUUAGGUAUCAUGACUCCUUGAAUUCUAUCAUUUGCUUUCAUAAAUUUAUGAUUUAUUGUAGCAUUUCAAAUAUAAAACGUUAUAAAACACUGACCUUUAAUUAACAUUGAAAUUUUUUGUUAGGUAUAAACAAAAGAGAAAGACAAAGAGGCUGAUACUACAAUGGGCUUACAUUUAUGUGGUCUACAUUGAAGUCGGUGUACUUCUCAGUUUAAUAAUAUUGUACUAAAACCAUUUGGUCUUGUCAACACCUGGGCCCCGUCUUACAAAGAGUCACGAUCGAUCCAAUCAAUCAUAACUCUAUAGAAAUCCAUCAGUGUCAUAA